UUUUUGUCCAUACAGAGUUGCCGUAGUUGUCUCAGUUUAAUGAUGGCCGCUUCCACUGCCACUACGGCUAUUUCGUCCUUAUGCCGAAAAGGCUGUUAUUUAAGAGGAUUUCAGAUACCAAACGAUGUAUAUACGAGGGUGGCAUAUUCCAGAAGCAUGUCAAUAAACAACAAUACAAAAAGAGGUUUUCCCAGACGAGGUAACACGGGAUCUUCCAAAUCGGUACUGAGAGAGAGUGGAGAGCCACGGGCGCUUAAGAUGGCUGUAGACCAGGAUUGGACCAGUGUAUACCCAACCGCCGCUCCGUUCAAGUCCGGCUCGGUUCCGCUGUCUGUCCGUAUGGGUUAUCCGAUGAAGCGAGGCGUGCCCCCGGACAGAAAGGGCAACCUGGAGCUGAUAAAGAUUCCAAACUUUUUGCACUUAACGCCAGCAGCUAUAAAGAAACACUGUGAAGCUUUGAAACCUUUCUGCACAGAGUGGCCUCAGGCCCUGGACUCUGAUGCCAGGUGUGAGGAGCUCUUUCCCAUCCGACUGCAGACUCGAGCCUUCCUGUUCGCCGGGAUGUCCCAGCGCCAGCCCCAGGCCCGAGUGGUCAGGCUCACAGUGAAGUUGUCCAGUCUGAAUCUUGAUGACCACGCACGGAAGAAGCUGAUUAAGCUCGUGGGUGUGCGAUAUGACAAGGAGACGGACACACUCACCCUCAAUGCAGACAGGUGUCCUCUUAGGAAGCAGAACACUGACUACGCCGUGUACCUCCUCACUGUGCUGUACCACGAGUCCUGGAAGGUGGAGGUGUGGGAGCAGGAGAAGACCCGGGCGGACAUGGAGGAGUACAGCUGGGAGGACAGCCUGUCACAGCGGAACCUUCUGGACAGUCUGCGGCGCAUGCAGUGGGCGGGGCCGGGUGAGGGCGGGGCCGGGGGCGGGGCCGGGGACCGGGCGGAGCUGCUGGCCUCCCCUGAGGUCCAGGCGUAUGGAGAGUCCAUCAGCAGGAUAAAGAACAAGGGAGAGAGCGAGGGCACAGUGCUGCAGUACAGAGAGGCUGUGAAGAGACUGCUCAACCUGUGAGAACACACACACACACACACACACACACACACUCUCUCUCUCACACACACACACACUCUCUCACACACACACACACACUCUCUCACACACACACACACACUCUCUCACACACACACACACUCUCUCACACUCUCACACUCUCUCACACACACACACACACACACACUCUCUCUCUCUCUCUCACACACACACACACACACUCUCUCACACACACACACACUCUCACACACACACACACACACGCUCACUCACUCACUCACUCACUCACUCACUCACUCACUCACUCACUCACUCACUCACUCACUCACUCACACGCACUCGCACAGAAACACACAUACACACAGAAACACACACACACUCUGUAUCAAAGGUAAAUGCCAUUGAGUCUUUCGCAUCAUCUGUAUUUGUAAAAUAAAUAAAAUGUUGAAAAUGCUUCACUUCA